AUGCAACCCACUGCUGAGUCUUCAUAUCGAUACACAUUUACCUACAACAACAAAUCAAUCCUGCCCUUCGCUUCCCAGGAUGAGAAAGAGACGAUGAAGGAAAUAUCCGUACACAGCGCACCUUUCUGCGUAAAGACCAUCGCAGCCUUUCAGGACAGCACUUACUUCUACUUUGUCAUGGAGCAUGUGCCGGGGGGGGAGAUUUUUGCACACUUACAGGCGGCGCCCAAUCACCGAUUUGGAGAUAAGCGCGCGAGGUUUUAUAUCUGCGAAGUUAUCUUGGCGCUGAGACACCUACACGAGCAAGGGGGUGUGGUGUAUAGAGACAUCAAACCCGAAAAUCUACUAGUAGAUAGUAAGGGGCACGUUAAGCUGAUCGAUUUCGGUUUCGCAAAGAAGCUCGGCAUUGUGGAGAAGACAUUUACAAUUUGUGGUACACCUGACUAUCUCGCACCAGAAAUGAUCCAGGGCCAAGGCUAUGGCAGAGAAGCGGACUACUGGGCCGUAGGAGUGUUGACCUUUGAGCUACUAUGUGGUUUCCCUCCCUUUGUAACGCUCAACCCACGCACGGGCCGAGCAAAUUUCUCAGAUGUUAAACAGUCUAGAUUUAAGAUACCGGGAUGGGUAACGCCAGCUGCUCAAGACUUCAUAGUCAGCUUAUUAGUCGCUGAUGCGGAUAGUCGUCUGGGCCAUAGUGGUGGGUUUGAGGCUAUCAUGGGUCACGAGUGGUUCCGUGGUGUCGACUGGGAUAAGGUGCUGCGCAUGGAAGUAAAGCCACCGAAACCCAUGUCGAGAAUCAAGCAUGGUUUG